GCACGUUUGCAGAAAAAGGGGACACUAUCACGUGACCUGAAGUCGGCCAUGUUGUUAAAACAGGAUUCAUUGUUAAUGGACAACGUAUUUUAGGAGUGAGCUGUACAUUCAUCUAACAAGUCACUGGAGGAUGAUGGAGGAAAAUGGGACCAAUGGAGAAGUUGACUAUGGCCCAAAGGAUCUCAAAGAUGCUUCCCUCCAGCAGGCUCUUACUCCCAAUGGAGAUGUUAACCAUGAUCCAGUGCAGGAGACCAAGGGUCCCUCCCUACAGCAGAGUCUAGCAACACGAAAAGUCAUCCAACUCAAGCUAGACAACCCCUUUAUCAAAAACGGUGAUUUGGAAGAUGAUGCUGAUGAUCCAUUCUGUAUAAAACCUUCAGUAAACAACUAUAAACUCACUCAGGAAGAAACACAAGAAGGUCAAGACACUGAAGCAGCUAUUGAAGAUCCUUCUUCUUUGAAUCAAGACGAUGAAGCACCUAUUGAAGAUCCUUCUUCUUUGGAUGAGGUUGACAAUGUAAGCUCUGGUGUUGUCAAUUCAAUGGUGAUUAAAUCGGAGAACUUGCUGAAUAAAACAGUGUCAUCGAACGAGUCCAGUCUAGAUUCGUUUAUGUCAAAGGAGAAGUUUCUGCCAAUUGAUGAAUCCAAUGUAGUUACUUCUUCUGAGGAUAAAAACAGUGACACAGAUGAAACUGGCAGGGGAUUGGAAAGUGAUCAAACAAAUAUUGGUGAUUCAGAGGAAAAAAGACCCGAGGAUUCAUCACUUACAAAGGAAAGGUUAAAUUUGACUAUUGAGAAAAACAUUUCAAGUGUGAAUGAGAAAUCCAGAAACUUGGAAAAUAUUUCUGUAGAAGAAGACAGGGAACUCGCCAAACUACCAACCCAGCUGGAUGUUGAGACAGAAAAGUACCUUCUGUUCUCUGACAGUAAAGAUAGUUCUGAUGUAGGUACUUCUCUGUCACGAUCAGACCAGGUGGAACUCAAUGAUUCAGUCAACAGUGUGUCUGAAGAUAAGGUGGAACUCAAUGAUUCAGUCAUCAGUGUGUCUGAAGAUAAGGUGGAACUCAAUGAUUCAGUCAUCAGUGUGUCUGAAGAUAAGGUGGAACUCGAUGAUUCAGUCAUCAGUGUGUCAGAAGAUAAGGUGGAACUCGAUGAUUCAGUCAUCAGUGUGUCUGAAGAUAAGGUGGAACUCGAUGAUUCAGUCAUCAGUGUGUCAGAAGAUAAGAUGGAACUCAAUGAUUCAGUCAUCAGUGUGUCAGAAGAUAACUCAAGCUUUAUAGAGAGUAAUGUCAGUGAUCCUGUCCCAGAAUUUUUAGCUUCUGCUGGUGAGGAAGAGCCGGGAAGUAAGGAUCAAAAUGCUGACGUUGAAGAAAAAGUGAAGUCUGUAGAAAAAAUUAGUGAAGAAGGUGAUGGCAAAAAGGAAGAGAAAGAAAAAAGAGAAAAGGAAGAGAAAGAAAUUCAGAUGGAAGAUGACACUGUGGUGAAACAGCCAGAAAGUUCUGUGAAAGAGGACAAUUCUGAAAAAACUGAACUUGAUACAAAUGAGGUUAUAGAAAAUAAAACUGAUAAAAGUCAGAAUAACAAUGCAGCCUCGGAGGACAGCUCAACUGUAGAGGAGAAAAGUAAUGAGGCUGUGGAUAAAGUGAAGGAUAUUGAUGGAUCAGACAUUUUAAUAACCAUCAAUGAAGAUUGUGAUAGAGAUGAAGAUGUGUCAAAAGACAAAAGGAGCAGCGUAAAGCCAGAACCUGUGCAGCAAAUUCCCAAGGUGACAAGUACAGUCAAAGAUGAUGUAGUGAUUGUAGACCUCUCUGAUGACAAGCCAUUGCCUCCAGUCCAGAAUAAGCCUCCUGUAAUGCCAUUUAAACCGGGCAUGAUCACUGUUGCACCGAAUGGCCAGAGAUAUAUUCAGCAUGUAAUUCAGUGUCUUGAUGGUCGCAAACAAAUUAUCCAAGUCCCAGUGACGAGUGGUUCCUCCACAUCUUUUUCCAAAGGCCCAGGGCCUUAUACAAGUCUGCUCAACAAAGCCAUUGCAAAUACCCACCCAGCAGGUGUUACAAAGCAGCCAGAGGCAAGUAUUCACCCUGAUGAUCUCAUCCCUCAGUCCAGCUGGGAAUUGUUGGCCUUAGUUCAGUAUGAAGCCUCACAGAAGAAGUUUGAUAACACUUUCUGGAAUGGCAAUUGUCCAGUUAAAAGUGAUAUUAGUUCCAUGACAAAGUUUCUUCAAGAUCUAGGAGGUGAUAUUGUGAAGCAGUCUGCUUACAGCCAGAUUGUUGAAGUACAAGGAAGAAAGUCUGACCAAGGCAAACUGGGAGACAAGGAAAAGGAAAACUUGGAAAGAAUGAAAAAAGUAGUGAAAGAAUUAAAGGAGAAAUACAAGCAUUUAGAAUUACAAACUGAGAAGUGUGCUGGUUGUAAUUUUGUCUCUGAAUCAAAAAAUGUGAUGGCAUUUCACAAAGAGCACCCACAUAUGAGCCCCCCAUUAGAUCCCUUUGGGGUCCUACACUGUCCACAAGAUGCUUGUGAUUUCAGCACUUUUGCAUCUCCUGAGGCUUUUGCUGAACAUAUGGAGAAAAAACACUCUGUAAAAGCCAGGAUAUAUGACAAACCAGAUCCAUUCAAGUGUCAUUUGUGCUAUUUUGAAGCAAAGGUGAAGAACAAUUUGACUCGACAUAGAUUUAAAUGUGAUAAACAGUUCAAACUUAACCAAAAUCUCCAUCCUAAUUACACAGAUAUUAAUUACUGCUUAAAGAACGUAAUGUACAAGUCCCAAAUUGAAGCCAAAAAAGCACGAGCCAAUCCAGCACCUGUGCCGCAAGUUAUCAAACAACAGAUUAAACCCCCACUGAUCAGGCCAAAAAUAGUCAUGACAAAACCAUCAGCCCCCAUAAUGUUACAACAGGGACCCAGUAAUGCUCAGGUUCCCUACAUGAUACCUCUCAGUCAAGCCCAAAUAAGUCAACUCAAUUUGACAAGAGCAGUAAGACCUGUGACAAAUCCCAUGUUGGUAUCCAUGGGUACAAGCACAGUAACCAAGCAACCGCCUCAGACCGUCGGAGCAAUGCUAAAACAACAGCAGGGUGUUAACAGACCAGUGGUAGCCAAGCCUAGUGUUCUACCUGGACAACAAGCAGGAUUUGAAGUGUGUGAAAUUUGUGGGGGCUAUGUCAAAGACCGAAUGUCCCUACAAAUCCACUUCUUCUAUGCCCACAAAGUGGAUCUUCCUGCUGUACUCUUCCAAAAGAACAGUCCACAGUUUAGAUGUAAUGUGUGCCAAGCACCUUUCUGGACUGCCAUGGGACUUGCAAAACACAGACAAAGCUCCAGACAUUUUGAUACUGUUAUCCAUGCACCUAGAACAGAGAUCAGAUGCUGGAUUUGCUUUCAGCAGCCAGAGAAUCUGUAUUCUCACUUGCAAACUGUUCAUCACCUGACCACAAAUGAGUGUAUGAUUCUCAGAAGAUGCAUGUUUUGUGCAAUUCAAACAAGGUCUAGAAAAGAUCUGGAAAUGCACAUGGCAACAGCACAUGGCAUCGUCAUUAAAGGUGCUCCCACUGCAGUGUCUUCAAAUAGUGCUCAACCCAUCAAACCUCAAGGCGCUCGAAAUAACUUCUGUGUUUUCUGUUCAAAACAAUUUCCAGACAACACUCAGUUGACUCUUCAUUGUCUCCGAGACCAUGCUACGUGCUCAGGAUGUGGAAUGGUGGUCUCGAGAGCAGCAGAUCUAGCCAAGCAUGUCUGUAAAUCAGCAGGUCGCAAAUGUCCUGUCUGUGGUCUAAAGAACCUUAAACAGGCAUUCUACAAUAAACACAUUCGUACACAUGUAAAAAGGUGUUCAGUGAAAAUUAAACGACUGACUGAGAAAGAAAUUGAAGUUGCGAUGGGUAAAGAACGAAAGGCUAAAAUGGACUUGGAAAAACAACGAGAAAUUUUCACCAAACUUGAAUCAGAGAUCUGGGAUGAAAUUCAAAGUAGACGGAAACGUGAUGAUGCCGACUCUACAAAGAAAAGAAAGAGUAAUGAAAGUGAUAAAUCAGCAAGCAAGAAAGCAAAACUCGAUGCUGAGGAAGUAGUAGUUGUUGAGUGACUGGUUCACCUUACCGCCUAAAUCUUUAUUAUAUACUAAGUCACCAGGAAGCCACCACUGAAUUCAUCUCUAAUUAAUUUGUUUUCUUAAGGUGAAAAAUUGUUCACAAAAUCAUGACACAAGUUCCACAUCAUUACUUAUUGGUGUUUUUGUUCAAUUAUUGUGUACAGAUUGUGUGAUUUCUCAUAGUAAAAAAUUGUGUUUGUAUGUGGAAAAGGUAUGUUAAACAUUCCAUAAUUCAGUCAACAUUUAGUGCUUAAAAUAUUACUUUGUAUCACACUAUCUUUUCUGAUAUCAUUUUGAACAGAAUACAACCUUUUCCUGGUGUGGGCACUUGUCUUCAGUAUUGUUUGGAUACAGAUUGAUAUUUUUUUGAUAUAGAUAAACAUUAGUUGGAUACUAUUGGAUACAGGUAGAGAUUUUUUGGAUAUAGAUAAACACUUUUUGGAUACAGAUAGAUAGUGAAGUUGUUUAUGGGGAGUGGGUUCUCUUUUCACUUCCCAUCACAUCUAGAAACUGAAUUUAAAAGUUUAAAUUUUCAAAAGGAAAUUACAAAGUUCCAUAAAG